GAAAUCUGUUUAUCCUCUUCAUGUGUAUCCCGGGCCGGCAUCCACUACGGAAAAAAGCACUUCUAAAAUGAUAGCACCACCUCCAUGUGCUACCCUCUCUCUCUGAACAAACAAAUCAUUCCUGCAUAUUCUUCGUAAAUUUUUAAAAGACCAGAAAUUUAAAGCCAAUUAAAAGUUUAUUUACUUUUUAUUAUUAUUAUUUUAACCAUUAUUUUUCAAGGAGGAAAGUACCAGAAAAAGCUGAAGGAAUCUCCACUCACUACAGUCCAUUACUUGAGAAGGAUAGCCAGAGGCAAUGCUACAAACUGACACUCGCCUCUUCAUCGACUUCUUUGCGUAAAGGUAGGUAUUGGUUCAGAUUGGAGUAAAUAUUUGUGUGCUGUGCUGUGCUGUGAAGGAGAGUAGUGGAUUUUGUUAGAAAUUGGUGAACUUCUGUAGAUAAUACUAGUUGAUGGGAGCCGGAAACUCGAGGUCCAGUUGGAGGCAGAAUUCAUCGUUUCGGUCGACUUCGUCUUCAUGGAAUUCUCAGCCACAGUAUGGUCAAGAAAGUCAGAUUUGGGGUUCUCAACCCGGGUAUUCCCAGCCACAGUACGGUCAAGAAAGUCAGAUUUAUCCACCCCAGCAAACAUAUCCGUCAGAACAGUAUAAUCCCUCUUCUGAACAAUACAGUGGUAACACAAGGAAGCUUGAUAGGAGGUAUUCAAGAAUUGCUGAUGAUUACAAGUCCUUAGAUCAGGUGACUGAGGCUCUUGCUCGUGCUGGCCUUGAAUCAUCUAAUCUCAUUGUUGGCAUUGAUUUUACAAAGAGCAAUGAGUGGACAGGUGCACGAUCAUAUAACAGACGAAGCUUGCAUCAUAUUGGAGAUGGUUUAAAUCCUUAUCAACAAGCAAUAUCCAUUAUUGGGAAAACCUUAGCUGCAUUUGAUGAGGAUAACUUGAUUCCGUGCUAUGGAUUCGGGGAUGCAUCAACACACGAUCAAGAUGUCUUCAGUUUCGUUCCAGAUGAGGGAUUUUGUAAUGGAUUUGAGGAGGUGUUAAGUCGGUAUAGGGAAAUUGUGCCUCAUUUACGACUUGCAGGACCAACGUCAUUUGCCCCUGUAAUUGAUAUGGCCAUGACAAUUGUUGAGCAGAGUCGUGGCCAGUAUCAUGUAUUAUUGAUAAUUGCUGAUGGGCAGGUAACUAGAAGUGUUGAUACUGAGCGUGGCCAAUUGAGUCCGCAGGAGCAGAAGACAGUUGAGGCUAUAGUACAAGCCAGCAAGCUUCCUCUGUCAAUUGUUCUAGUUGGGGUAGGGGAUGGGCCCUGGGACAUGAUGAAGGAAUUUGAUGAUAACAUACCUGCCCGAGCUUUUGAUAAUUUCCAGUUUGUGAAUUUUACGGAAAUCAUGUCAAAGAAUCAUGAACAAUCUCGAAAGGAAACAGAAUUUGCGCUUGCUGCUUUAAUGGAGAUUCCCUCUCAGUAUAAGGCAACAAUAGAGCUUAAUAUACUAGGUCGCCGGACGGGAAAUGUUCCAGAGAGAGUUCCCCUUCCUCCACCUGUAUAUGGUGCAAUGUCUGUCAGCAGCUCAAAACCUUCCUACUCUACCUCUACCAGUUUCAAGCCAAAUGCUCCUUAUGAAAGGGACAGUCAGCCUGUCAGCUCAGCUCCUCCUGCUACAAGUUCUACAUAUGAUAAUCAGCUAUGCGUCAUUUGCCUUACUAAUGUGAAGGAUAUGGCCUUUGGUUGCGGUCAUCAGACAUGUUGUGAAUGUGGAGAGGACCUUGAAUUAUGUCCCUUAUGUCGAAGCCCGAUCCAGACCAGAAUUAAGCUCUACUAAGCUACAUAACUAUGUUUAUGAAGUAUUAAUUACUUGCCGAAAUUCUUUGUAGUUCAUCACCCAUGGCGCGCUGAAUUCAGCUUCAGAUUCCUACCAAAAGAAAAAAAAAGAG